AUGGCUCCUAAAAUCAAUCCAGACCAUACACCAGAUGGUGGAUGGGGGUGGGUAAUUGUGUUCAGUGCAUUAGUGAUACAAAUGAUAGCCGCUGGAUCACAACUGACAACCGGAUUACUAUUUUUGACUUUAAAAAACUAUUUUGGCGAGAGUGCUGCGACCACAGCGUGGGUGCUUUCUUUGUCCAACUCUGUUCUUUUGUUAUCAGUUAUAGGAGUCAUGAUAUUUCCUAUGAUAUACAAGGGUCUCUUGGACACGUAUGGUUGGAGAGGCACGUAUAUUUUGCUGGCUGCUAUAAAUUCACAUAUUGUACUAUGUGCUAUAUUGCUAAGACCGAUAAAGAAACAGAGCAUUCAGUCAGUCAGAGACAUUGAUACAUCAAAUGCAAGAAACACAUCACCCAAUAACACCUUUAUGAAGAGACAGUUGCAGUCAUCGGGAUUUAAUCUUCUUUGUGAAAAUAGACUUUUUGCUCUGAACAGUUUUGCUGCCUUCCUUGGAAAGUUUGCUUACGUAGUGGCUUUGUUGUUGUUCGUGCCUUGUGUUAUUGACAAAGGAUUGAGUCAAAUACAAGCAGCAGUAUUAGGGACAAUUAUUGGAUUAUCAGGACUAAUUUCACGGGUUAUAAACGGAUUUGUCAGCUGUCUACGUAUUAUUGACGACAGAUAUAUACUAGUAUUUAUGAUGUUUGUUCGGGGAAUAUCAUUCAUACUUGUACCAUUGGCUUUGACAUUCCGUGAUUUGGCUAUAUUGGCUGCCGUAAUUGGUAUGACUUUAGGGGUAUACACACCGGCAGUAUAUGUAUUCAUAAAGACACUUGUAGGAGUUGAGAACUAUGCUGGAGGUAUUGGGAUAACUGUCUGUGCUUUUGGUAUUGCAGCAUUCAUAGCACCGAGCUUGGGCGGUGCAAUAUUUGACGAGACUGGUAAUUAUGACGUCGUCUUCUACUUGGAUGGCGGUACAUCUAUUAUAAGUGCAGUUUUACAUCUAACGGUUGGACUGGUUUUAAGGACCUAUGAAAUAAAGCGCAAGGCAGCCGCGCAUCGUUGUGAUAAUACUUCCCCAGAAGAUUUAAAUUUGACAGAAGUUACUAGUAGACACACACAAGACAAAGGGAUUAGGCUAAAACCGAGAGUGCUGCGAGAUGUAUCUACACGUGACUUAAAAACAACAAUACUUGGCAGAGAAAUCGACAUACCAAUUUGCAUAUCUCCCACAGCAUUUCAAAGAUUGGCCCAUCCAGAUGCUGAAGCUGGAACAUCCAGAGCCUCGGGGACGUUUAAUACAUGUAUGAUACUGAGCUCUGGAAGUUCGUUAUCCCUAGAAGACAUUUGUUAUGCUCACUCUGGAGGUACGAAAUGGAUGGACAUCUAUGUUUGGCCUAACCCACGUGUAACUAAGGACAUGGUACAAAGAGCGGAGCAAGCUGGAUGUAAAGGCAUUGUUGUGUCCGUCGAUAUCUGCCAAGUUGGGUUCAGGCGAAGAAUGGCAUAUGUAGCUGGGAAUAAUGUACCAAGAAAUUCGAUUAAUGCUAACUUUGAUAAAUACUGCAAGAAUGGUAUUAUGAAUGAAGCAACAUACGUGGAUGAAGUGAAAUGUGGUGACCCAAGUGCAACAUGGGCUGACAUUGAUUGGAUAAAGUCCAUAACCAAAUUACCCAUAAUACUCAAAGGCAUUAUGACAGUUGAAGAUGCAUUGAUUGCAGUGGAACAUAAAGUGGAUGCUAUUAUGGUAUCUAACCAUGGUGGGAGACAGUUAGAUGGUGUACCAGCAACAAUAGAUGUGUUAGCAGAGAUAUCCAGGGCUGUAGGUGAUAAAAUAGAAGUCUACAUGGAUGGUGGUGUACGUACAGGUACUGAUGUAUUGAAAGCAUUGGCUCUUGGUGCUAGGGCUGUCUUCAUUGGUAGACCAGUUAUAUACGGCUUGGCAUACAAGGGUGAAGAAGGUGUCAAAAACGUCUUGCAGAUUUUAAAAGACGAGUUGAGCUUAGCUAUGGCAUUAUCAGGCAAGUAA